UUUAAGAAAGUGUAACUAAACUGAAGAUCCAACAGCAACUGGACAUAGCUUGGGUGUUGAGCCCAGGUUCGUGAAGAAACAGCUGCCAAACCGCAAGUCCUAGGCCCUGACCACCAUGUGACUCAGUUGGGUGUUGCCCCACAAAGUGAAGGGUCACUGGUUCGAUUCCUGGUCUGGGUACAUGCCCAGGUUGCAGGUUUGGUCCCCAGAUGGGGUGCCGAUAAGGCAAUUGACACGUUUCUCUCCCUCUCUAAAAAUAAAUAAAAGUAUUUUUAAAACAAACAAAAAUACAAGUCCCAGAAUGCCUUUCACCGUGCGUGGUUUCUGUAGAGUUGGUGCAUGCCCAGUGUGGCCGCUGGAGCCUGUUUCCGCAGGCUCCAGACGAAGUUAAACAAGGUGGAGCAAAUGGCUCCACCCCAAAUGCAGUCUUUAGAAUUGCCUUUGAGCCGAGCUCCAGGGUGGAGCCGGAACUUACCUUUGUACUUCAUGCUGGUCAAGGUAACUGGCUGGGUAGUUCUGGAACUGGCUGCCAUUCUGACACGUCUCAGAGCUGCAAGCAGGUUUGAAUCCAGUGUCCUUGUGGCCCUACUCCCUGAUUCGUGCUCCUCCUCUUAUUCUUUAUCCUUUCCCCUUGGGGUUCUUCCCAUAGGUUUCAUAAUUCCUGAUGGCCCCUGUGACAGUCACAGGAUUAUUGCUACCUGACUAGAGGGUAAUCAGUUGUGUUAGUCCCUUACUUGGAAACUCAAGUCUCCACUGUUUUCCUAGCAGGCAAGAAGUGCUGGGAAGGAUGGACCCCUUCCUUGUACCCAGCUAAGGGUACAGGCUAGGGAUCAGGAGCGAGAUGGAAAGAUGGUAUGAAGCCUUAAUAACUGCCCUGCCUUCUGUAGGUCCUACCAGUGAGGCACCAUGGCUUCUCAGCUUCUUGGGCUGGCAGAAGAGUCUGGCCUGAGCCCUGGGGAGUCUGAGCUGGCAGUGAACCCCUUUGACGGGCUGCCCUUCUCUUCUCGCUACUACGAACUGCUUGAGCAGCGCCGAGCCUUGCCCAUCUGGGCUGCUCGCUUUAUCUUCUUGGAGCAGUUGGAAAGUAGCACCAGUGGAGUUGUGCUGGUGUCUGGAGAGCCUGGCUCUGGCAAGAGCACCCAGAUCCCUCAGUGGUGUGCAGAAUUUGCGCUGGCCAGGGGGUUCCAGAAGGGCCGGGUAACUGUCACUCAACCCUACCCUCUGGCAGCCCUGAGCCUGGCCCUGCAGGUUGCUGAUGAGAUGGACCUGACCCUGGGUCAUGAGGUUGGCUACAGCAUCCCCCAGGAGGACUGCACUGGGCCCCACACCCUGCUCAGGUUUUGCUGGGACAGGCUGCUGCUUCAGGAAUUGGCUUCAGCCCGGGGCACUGGAGACUGGGAUGUGCUGGUGCUGGAUGAGGCUCAGGAGCGGUCAGUGGCCUCAGAUUUGCUCCAGGGGUUGCUGCGAGAUGCCAAGCUAGGAAACCUCCCGCAGGACCCCAGAGUAGUUGUGGUUACUGACCCAGCCCUUGAGCCUAAGCUCCAAGCCUUCUGGGACAAUCCUCCUAUUGUACACGUACCCAGAGGGCCUGGUAGCUGUCCUACUCCCACCUACAUGGACACUGUCCCUGCUGAUCGAGUGGAAGUUGCCUGCCAGGCUGUGCUUGAAUUGUGUCGAAAGGAAACUCCAGGAGACGUGCUAGUGUACCUGCCCAGUGAGGAGGAAAUUUCCCUGUGCUGUGAAUCCUUGUCCAGGGAGGUAGGGACCUUGGCUAUCCAAGGGCCUCCACCACGGGUGCUGCCCCUUCACCCAGGCCAUGGUCAAGCUGUUCAGGCUGUGUACGAGGACACACACUCGGGUGCCCGAAAGGUUGUGGUCACUCACUGGCUGGCUGACUUCUCCUUCUCCCUCCCUUACAUUCGACAUGUCAUUGACUCAGGACUGGAGCUUCGAAGUGUGUACAAUCCUCAGAUCCGAGCAGAAUCCCAAGUGUUGAGGCCAAUCAGCAAGUGUCAGGCAGAGGCAAGACAACUGCGGGCAAGAGGGGCCACCCCAGGAUCCUGCCUCUGUCUGUAUCCUAAGUCCUUCCAAGAACUAGAAGCUCCCCCACUGACCCAACCCAGGGUGUGUGAGGAGAAUCUGAGCCCCCUCGUAUUACUGCUAAAGAGGAGACAGAUUGCAGAGCCAGGGGACUGCCACUUCCUGGACCGUCCUGCUCCAGAAGCACUGAUGCAGGCCCUGGAAGACUUGGACUAUCUGGCAGCCCUGGAUGAUAACGGGGACCUGUCAGACCUGGGUGUCAUCCUGUCAGAGUUCCCCCUGCCCCCUGAGUUGGCCAAAGCCCUGCUGGCCUCCUGCGAGUUUGACUGUGUGGAUGAGAUGCUCACCCUCGCUGCCAUGCUCACUGCUUCCCCUGGGUUUACCCAUCCUCCACUCUGUGCAGAAGAAGCUGCCUUACGUCGAGCCCUGGAACAUGCAGAUGGUGAUCACAGUUCUCUGAUCCAAGUGUAUGAAGCCUUUAUACAGAAUGGAGCAGAUAAAGCUUGGUGCCAGGCCCGGGGUCUAAACUGGGCAGCACUGUGCCAAGCCCAGAAACUUCGAGGAGAACUCCUAGAACUUAUGCAACAAAUUGAACUUCCCUUGUCCCAACCAGCCUUUGGCUCUGAGAAGAAUCGCAGAGACCUUCAGAAAGCACUGCUGUCUGGAUACUUCCUUAAGGUGGCCCAAGACAUAGAUGGGACUGGAAAUUACCUGCUCCUAACCCAUAAGCAUGUGGCCCAGCUCUCCCCACACUGCUGCUACCGAAGCCGCCGGGCUCCAGCCAGGCCUCCACCAUGGGUGCUUUACCACAAUUUCUCCAUUUCCAAAGACAACUGCCUUUCCAUUGUUUCUGAGAUUCAACCACAAAUGCUGGUGGAGUUGGCCCCUCCAUACUUCCUGAGUAACCUGCCCCCCAGUGAAAGCAGAGACUUCCUGAACAAGCUGAGGGAAGAAAUGGCAGAUUCUUCAACAGAGAAUGAAUCACCCUCCACCCAAGAGUUUGCACAUGCCUGUGUCCUGCAGUGACCUGCCUGAGGGCUGGAGCAGAACUCAUCUCAUUGCAUGCAGUCCUCCCUCCGUCUAGCCCUAAGGCAACCAGCCAGAUUUAGAAG